GCGGGCCGCGGGCGAGGCGGGGCGGCGCGCGACCCCCUUCCCCUGCCCGGUGCGGCCGCCCGUCGGGUCCUGUCCCGAGGCCGCCCACCCCGCCGCAGGCUGCGCCUCCCGCUCCCCGUUCCCCGCCUCCGGCCGGCUGCCGGACGCCUCAGCCGGGAGGGUAGCGCGCUGAGGGACAAGGUCAGGAGACUGGGCGGCGAUGCCCGAGUGCGACUGGAGGCAGCCGGGCGGAGGCGACAGCGCUCGGGAUCUGUCGCUCCUGACGGGGGAGCGGGACUGGGGCAGACGCCGGUGAGGAGGAGGAGGAGGAGGAGGAGGCGCAGCGGCGGCGGCGAGCUCUCCUCCGGCCGGAAUUCCCUCGGGAGCAUCCCCGUGGGCGCCCGCGAGCGCAGCCCCGCCGGGCCGGGGCGCCGGGGGAAGAUGGAGCCGGGGGUCCGGACCCGCACGGGUGCCCCGCAGCCGGCCGCCCCGGGGCUGUGGAGGGCUCGGCCGGCGGGCGGCGGCGGCGGCGGCGCCUCCUCCUGGCUGCUGCCGGACGGGAACAGCUGGCUGCUCUGCUAUGGCUUCCUCUACCUGGCGCUCUACGCGCAGGUGUCCCAGUCCAAGCCGUGCGAGAGGACCGGUUCCUGCUUCUCUGGCCGCUGUGUCAACUCCACCUGCCUCUGCGACCCGGGCUGGGUGGGGGACCAGUGCCAGCACUGCCAGGGCAGGUUCAAGUUAACAGAACCUUCUGGAUAUUUAACAGACGGUCCAAUUAACUAUAAGUAUAAAACUAAAUGUACAUGGCUAAUUGAAGGCUAUCCAAAUGCAGUGUUAAGAUUAAGAUUCAAUCAUUUUGCUACAGAAUGUAGCUGGGAUCAUAUGUAUGUUUAUGAUGGAGAUUCAAUAUAUGCACCUUUAAUAGCGGUACUCAGUGGUUUGAUAGUUCCUGAAGUAAGGGGAAAUGAAACUGUUCCUGAAGUUGUGACAACAUCUGGCUAUGCACUGUUACAUUUUUUUAGUGAUGCUGCAUAUAAUUUGACUGGUUUCAACAUUUUUUAUUCAAUCAAUUCAUGUCCUAACAACUGCUCUGGUCAUGGGAAGUGUACAACUAGUAUCUCUGUUUCAAGUCAAGUAUAUUGUGAAUGUGACAAAUACUGGAAGGGUGAAGCUUGUGAUAUUCCUUACUGCAAAGCCAACUGCGGCAGUCCAGAUCAUGGUUACUGUGACCUAACGGGGGAAAAACUGUGUGUCUGCAAUGACAGUUGGCAAGGUCCUGAUUGUUCUUUGAAUGUUCCAUCUACUGAAUCUUACUGGAUUCUGCCAAAUGUGAAACCCUUCAGUCCUUCUGUAGGUCGAGCUUCACAUAAAGCAGUUUUACAUGGGAAAUUUAUGUGGGUGAUUGGUGGAUAUACUUUUAACUACGGUACUUUUCAAAUGGUCUUGAACUACAAUUUGGAAAGCAGUAUAUGGAAUGUCGGAACUGUGUCAAGGGGGCCUCUCCAGAGAUACGGGCAUUCUCUCGCUUUAUAUCAGGAAAACAUCUUUAUGUAUGGAGGCAGAAUUGAAACCAAUGAUGGAAAUGUCACAAAUGAAUUAUGGGUUUUUAACAUACAUAGUCAGACAUGGAGCACGAAAACGCCGACUGUGCUUGGACAUGGUCAGCAAUAUGCUGUGGAGGGCCACUCGGCACAUGUGAUGGAGCUGGAUAGUAGAGAUGUUGUCAUGAUCAUAAUAUUCGGAUAUUCUGCAAUAUAUGGUUAUAUAAGCAGCAUACAGGAAUACCAUAUCUCGUCAAACACUUGGCUUGUUCCAGAUACUAAAGGAGCUAUUGUCCAAGGUGGAUAUGGCCACACCAGUGUGUAUGAUGAGAUCACAAAGUCCAUAUAUGUUCAUGGAGGCUAUAAAGCAUUGCCAGGCAAUAAAUAUGGAUUGGUGGAUGAUCUUUAUAAAUAUGAAGUUAACACUAAGACUUGGACUAUUUUGAGAGAAAGUGGGUUUGCCAGAUAUCUUCAUUCAGCUGUUCUAAUCAAUGGAGCUAUGCUUAUUUUUGGAGGAAAUACCCAUAAUGACACUUCCUUGAGUAACGGUGCAAAAUGUUUUUCUGCCGAUUUCCUGGCAUAUGACAUAGCUUGUGAUGAAUGGAAAAUAUUACCAAAACCAAAUCUUCAUAGAGAUGUCAACAGAUUUGGACACUCUGCAGUAGUCAUUAAUGGGUCCAUGUACAUAUUUGGGGGAUUUUCCAGUGUGCUCCUCAGUGACAUCCUUGUGUACACGCCUCCCAACUGCAAGGCUUUCAGGGAUGAAGAUCUGUGUAAGAAUGCUGGUCCAGGAAUAAAAUGUGUUUGGAAUAAAAAUCAUUGUGAAUCUUGGGAAUCUGGAAAUACUAAUAAUAUUCUUAGAGCGAAGUGCCCCCCUAAAACAGCUGCUUCCGAUGACAGAUGUUACAGAUAUGCAGAUUGUGCCAGCUGUACUGCCAAUACAAAUGGGUGCCAGUGGUGUGAUGACAAGAAAUGCAUUUCAGCCAACAGUAACUGCAGUAUGUCUGUCAAAAACUACACCAAGUGUCAUGUGAGAAAUGAGCAGAUCUGCAACAAACUUACCAGCUGUAAAAGCUGCUCACUAAACCUAAACUGCCAGUGGGAUCAGCGGCAACAGGAGUGCCAGGCUUUACCAGCUCAUCUUUGUGGAGAAGGAUGGAAUCAUGUUGGGGAUGCUUGCCUUAGAAUCAAUUCCAGCAGAGAAAGCUAUGAUAAUGCAAAACUUUAUUGCUACAAUCUUAGUGGAAAUCUUGCUUCCUUAACAACAUCAAAAGAAGUAGAAUUUGUUCUGGAUGAAAUACAGAAGUAUACACAGCAGAAAGUAGCGCCUUGGGUAGGCUUGCGCAAGAUCAACAUAUCCUACUGGGGUUGGGAAGACAUGUCUCCUUUUACCAACACAACACUGCAGUGGCUUCCUGGUGAACCAAAUGAUUCUGGAUUCUGUGCAUAUCUAGAAAGGGCUGCAGUGGCAGGCUUAAAAGCUAAUCCUUGUACGUCUAUGGCAGAUGGGCUUGUUUGUGAAAAACCUGUUGUUAGUCCAAAUCAAAAUGCAAGGCCAUGCAAGAAGCCGUGCUCCCUCAGGACAUCAUGUUCCAACUGCACAAGCAAUGGCAUGGAGUGUAUGUGGUGCAGCAGUACGAAGCGAUGCGUUGAUUCCAAUGCUUAUAUAAUCUCUUUUCCAUAUGGACAGUGUCUCGAGUGGCAAACUGCUACCUGCUCUCCUCAAAAUUGUUCUGGGUUGAGAACUUGUGGACAGUGUUUGGAGCAGCCUGGAUGCGGCUGGUGCAAUGAUCCUAGCAACACAGGAAGAGGACACUGCAUUGAAGGAUCGUCACGGGGACCAAUGAAGUUUGUGGGGACGCAUAGCAGUGAGAUGGUUCUUGACACCAGUCUUUGUCCCAAAGAGAAGAACUAUGAGUGGUCCUUUAUCCAGUGUCCAGCUUGCCAGUGCAAUGGACAUAGCACUUGCAUCAAUACUAAUGUAUGUGAACAGUGUAAAAAUCUUACGACAGGAAAGCAGUGUCAAGACUGUAUGCCAGGUUAUUAUGGGGACCCGACCAAUGGCGGACAGUGCACAGCUUGUACAUGCAGUGGCCAUGCAAAUAUUUGUCAUCUACACACUGGAAAAUGUUUCUGUACAACUAAAGGAAUAAAAGGUGAUCAGUGCCAAUUAUGCGACUCUGAAAAUCGCUAUGUUGGCAAUCCACUUAGAGGCACAUGUUAUUACAGCCUUCUGAUUGACUAUCAGUUUACCUUCAGCUUAUUGCAGGAAGAUGAUCGCCACCACACUGCCAUCAACUUCAUAGCAAACCCAGAGCAGUCAAACAAAAAUUUGGAUAUUUCGAUCAAUGCAUCAAACAACUUUAAUCUCAACAUUACGUGGUCAGUUGGUUCAACAGCUGGAACUAUAUCUGGGGAAGAGACUCCGAUUGUUUCCAAGGCUAAUAUAAAGGAGUACCGGGACAGUUUUUCCUAUGAGAAGUUUAAUUUUAGAAACAAUCCUAACAUCACAUUCUAUGUGUAUGUCAGCAACUUUUCCUGGCCGGUUAAGAUACAGAUUGCAUUCUCACAACAUAACACAAUCAUGGAUUUGGUGCAAUUUUUUGUCACUUUUUUCAGUUGUUUUUUAUCUUUAUUACUGGUGGCUGCUGUGGUAUGGAAGAUUAAACAAACAUGUUGGGCUUCUCGACGGAGAGAGCAACUGCUUCGAGAACGACAGCAGAUGGCCAGCCGUCCUUUUGCUUCCGUUGAUGUAGCGCUGGAAGUCGGAGCUGAACAAACUGACUUUCCACGAGGGCCAUUAGAGGGGGCGCCAAAACCUAUAGCCAUGGAACCCUGUGCUGGGAACAGAGCUGCUGUUCUGACUGUGUUCCUUUGUCUGCCACGAGGAUCAUCAGGUGCCCCUCCCCCAGGACAGUCAGGCCUUGCAAUUGCCAGUGCCCUAAUAGACAUUUCACAACAGAGGCCUUCAGAGAGUAAAGACAAGUCCUCGGGUGUCCGGAAUCGAAAACACCUCUCAACACGUCAAGGAACCUGUGUCUGAGAAAUGGAAAUCUCUCCUGCACAGUCUGGGAUGUUUCACUUCCAAAAUGGCUUCUGUUAAAAGCUGUUUUAUGGCCUCAGAUUUUAUGGAGGCAAACGUCUGUAUGAUCCAGGGCCAAAAUACAGUUCCCUGCAAGUGGGAAAUGACCCAAGUGGCCAAAGAAUGUUUGUGAGUUUUAUAAAAAUAAUAGUAUUGGUGGUCACAGGUGAUAAAGUCAGUUUUUACGACUGUCUAAGACUUCUCAUAGCUAGUAUUGAAUUACUAUGGAAAAAGAUGUAUAUUGUUUCUUAAUGAAGAUGAAAAAUAGGUAAUUCGUAUAAAUCAACUGUUUAUAUCCCAAGACUUUAAAGGAAGACAUUUUAUAAUGCCUGAAUGAUAAGAACUGUAUAGUUUUUGCCUCAUAAGCAAAUAAGUCACCUGUGUAUGAACAGGAAACGAGCAAGUUGCAAUGGCUUUAAUUAUGUUUUAUCUCGUUGUAAAUGUGGAAGUAAGAUUUUGAUUUAAUAAUAGGAUAUAGAUGAUGUGUUUAAAUGUUUCAUGUGACCUUGCUGCAUCCAAACUCAAUCUGGGAACUUGACCAUUUCUGCCCAAUAAGAAUACAGAGAAGAAUGAGUGAGCCUGUUUGGAUGGAGAGCAUGUAAAACGUCCCGCCGGUUUAUUAGAAUUCCAAAUGCAGAGGACAUUCCUGUCGGCCACACCGACUGCCUAAGUCAUAAUCAGAGCUGAUAGAGCAUGGAAAAGCCUGUCUAGCGGUCAGCUUUCCUCUCCUUCCAAAAACAGCUUCCGGUACCACAUCCUGCAAAGAGCUGAAGGCGUGAUUUUUUUUAUAGUGUUCGCUCCAAUAGGAUAAUUCUUUUAAAUUAUCUACAGAUCAUCGGAUCAAACCUCGGUGAUCCAUCCGCGUGUUCAGAACAUGUCCUUUGCCUUUAGCCUGCCUCUUCCAGCUGCUAGAUUUUAUUUACCUUUCGCAAAUGUUAGUGAAUGUAUUUUUGAAGUGGCACCACCCAAAAGGCGACAUGACCUAAGUUCCUUCCUGCCAACUCUUCCACUCACAAAGAAAGUCGAGGAAAGUGUCAACUGGCAAACAGCAGUGUUCUGAUUGUCAAUAUGAACAUAUUGAUAUUAUGAGAGAAAAUCUACAGUUUACAAAACAAGUUCAGUGUUGCCCACAUUCAGCAUAUUCUUAAUGACUCAAAACUCUGAAUUAUGGCGGAAAAAAACCAAUUUUCACAUUGGAUUAUAAAAAUCAUUUAAUUCUUAACAAUUCACUCGGUAGCACUAACGUAUCUAGUUCGAAUUCCAAUUUUUUAACUUCAAUAUUUAAGGACAAUGACAGAGUCAUCCAAAGCUACUGUAUACAUUAUAAUUUUGUCCAAUAUGAAAGUCAUUUAAGUAUAGUUGUUUAGUACUAUCUAUGUACUUUGCCUAUUCUUUGGAUUUCUGGAGGGUAAUUACACUUUACUGUUUACAGCUAAUGCAUAGUUGCUUGCAUGCCAUGGUUGUACAGUAGCAGAACAGGACCCUAUUGUGGUAUUAAAUGUUUAUUUCAUAAUGCCAUGUAGACAUAGCUGGAUUAAUUUGAUGAAAAUUGGAUGUAAUAUAUAACAGGAAUGACCACACAAUAUGUAGUUGCAUCUUAUAAGAGAUAUCUAGGUUGCAUAUAACCAUGUUUAUAUGAUUAUUUUAAUAAUUAGGCAUUUAUGAAUUAUAGUAUAUAUUCCUUAUGUUGGCAUGGUAAUUUUGCUAUUUUCCACACAUUAAAAUAAGAUGAAUUCUUAGAGUAAUUUUACUAAUUUUAUCUAUAGCCUGGGAUUCUAUCUGGAGGGUGUGGGUCAAAGGGAUACCACUUGUUUGAAUUUUCUUAUGACAUUCCCCCCCAUACACACACACAAAAACAGGGACUUAAGUUUGGAAAUAUCUGCUACAAAUGACCAAGUAAUGUUUUCACCGUAUUUUAGACCUUCUAAAUGUUAACUUUGCUCAUGGAAAAAUAAAUGCACUGAAGU